AUGGCUUCCCCUACAGCAUCCGCUUCGACCGACCCUCCGUACUAUGUGCUCAUAUCGCAUAGCCAGUCUCUCAACAUUCCCAGUGUCCCGACAUCCACAUCGCUCAGCCACCCUGUCAUUGAAUACCACUACGCUGAUGACGCGCCCAUCUCGCUCCUCCCCCAGUAUCCAGGGGAGCAUGUUCUCGUACUCGACUACGAUCCCGGACGGCCUGGUACGCCGACAGUCAAGAGCCUCUCCCCUGACCUCGUCGUCUCUGCUCUGAAGGUCGCCGACCCCCCUGGGGCGUCUGUCGCCGGCGAACCAGCCAUCACCAAUAACAGCAACAUCUAUGUCAUCGAAACCAUCCCCAAGCCCCCAGACAACUCCGCCGCCGAGGGUGAUGAACAGCACGUCCAUGCGGUCCUGGCGCAGUUCAAGCAAAGGAACGCGGUCCUGCGGCGGAUUCUCGACUAUCCAUACGGGAAUGGAGCAUCACCAGUGAAUGGUUUACAGAGCACGAACGGCGCCGGUCAGGAAACUGCAACCUCAUCAACUCCUCAGACAUAG